UUGCUGACGUCACGAGAUCCACUCCGACCUGCCUUUAGCUUAGCCUCUUAAAACUCUUCCUUUUUUCAUCUGGAUUUGGUUUGUAUCGCGCCUAGUCCUGUUGUAAUCCAGAGGCAAGCGGGUCAUUUCUCCGGAUAGACAGUUGCGGAGGCUGACUGCUCAUCUGACAGCCUUCUAGAGCCCUGUGUUUAGAGAUAACGAGUGAUUUUCACGUGUUAGCUCGAGCUGAUCUUCAGGAGAAACAGCAGUCAUGGGCUCCAGAGCUUCAUCUCUACUCAGAGAAGAGGACAUUGAAGAAAUCAAGAAAGAAACUGGAUUCUCGCACAGUCAGAUCACUCGCCUCUACAGCCGCUUUCACAGUCUCGAUAAAGGAGAGAACGGAGCGCUCAGCCGAGAAGACUUCCAGAGGAUUCCUGAGUUGGCCAUAAAUCCUCUCGGUGAUCGGAUAAUUAAUGCCUUCUUCCCAGAGGGUGAGGAUCAGGUGAACUUUAGAGGCUUCAUGAGGACUCUGGCUCACUUCCGUCCUGUGGAGGACAAUGAGAAGAACAAAGUCCUGACACCUGGAGAGCCGCUCAACAGCAGGACCAACAAACUCCUCUUCGCUUUCCGGUUAUACGACCUCGACAGAGAUGACAAGAUUUCUAGAGACGAGCUGCUACAGGUGCUGAGAAUGAUGGUUGGAGUGAAUAUUUCUGAUGAGCAACUUGGAAGCAUUGCAGACAGAACCAUCCAGGAGGCGGACACUAAUGGAGACAUGUGUAUCUCAUUCAAUGAGUUCACCAAGGUGUUGGAAAAAGUGGACGUCGAACAAAAGAUGAGCAUCCGUUUCCUUCACUAAAGACCAAACGUGUUCUGAACUCUUGAGUGGAGAUGAUGCCUAUCAAUAUAGAUAAGACAUGCCCCCGAUUCUUCUUUCUGUGGGACGAUGCGUGCUUGAUAAACAUAAUUGCGUUACUUUAGUUCCAAUCGCCUGUCACUCUUGGGUUGCACUAGACGGAUGGCGUGUCCUGGUGCCUUCACUGUUCUCAAAAGUCACUGCGCCUUUUCUCUUGUGUAUUCAAAUGAAAUUUAUUCCAGAUGGUGAAAUAACUUUCCAGAUGGGGAUUAUUGAUAUUGACAUUGAUGGAUGCUUUUCAUCACCAUCGUAA